UUUUAAAGGCAUAACAACACAUUAUCUUCGUUUGAAGAACCUGCCUCUGUGACAGGCAUGCUAUGCUACUUCCCUUUAUAUUAUCAAAAGCCUGUUUUAUUUUCUUGGGUCUGACACACAAGAUUUUUGGUGAAUGGGAUUCUGCACUUGUUUUGAAAAUCACUGCCAAGAAAGAACACUCACUCAUUUGAGAAAACUGUUGUUAUAGCCUCAUUAUAUUUAUCCUUUAGUACUACUACUACUACUACUACCAUCAGGUGUUUUUCCAGUACCUGUGUUUGGUUCUUGGGAUAUUUCAAUUGAAUGGGAAAGCCAAGAGGAGGAGAAGCUGCUCUUUGUUUUCUGGUUUUCUUCUGGUUUUGGAGCUCUUCCAAUGCUUUGCUCUCUCCAAAGGGAGUAAACUUUGAAGUGCAAGCUUUAAUGGGGAUAAAAGCUUUUCUUGUGGAUCCCCAUGGUAUUCUAGAUAAUUGGGAUGCGGAUGCAGUUGAUCCAUGCAGCUGGAAUAUGGUCACAUGUUCCCCAGAGAAUCUUGUCGUUAGCCUGGGCAUUCCCAGCCAAAAUUUAUCUGGUAUUCUAUCUCCAAGCAUAGGAAACCUGACAUAUCUUCAGACUGUGGUGCUACAAAAUAACAACUUAACUGGUUCAAUCCCUUCAGAGAUAGGAAAACUUUCCAAGCUUCAAACUCUUGAUCUCUCUGACAACUUCUUCAAUGGGGAGAUUCCUCCCUCUCUGGGUCACCUGAGAAGCCUCCAGUACUUGAGGCUCAAUAAUAACAGUUUUGAUGGAGAAUGCCCAGUGUCACUAGCUAACAUGGCGCAGCUUGCUUUUCUUGACUUGUCCUACAAUAAUCUGAGUGGCCCUAUACCUAGAAUUAUGGCCAAAUCCUUCAGUAUUGUAGGAAACCCCUUAGUCUGCACCACAGGAAAAGAAAAAAAUUGCCAUGGGAUGACACUUAUGCCCAUGUCGAUGAACUUGAACAGUUCUGAGAAUGCUAUACCAUCUGGUAGAACAAAGGCUCACAAAAUGGCCAUUGCCUUUGGUCUGAGUCUUGGAUUCCUCUGCUUGGUAGCUUUUGGUCUUGGACUUAUUAUAUUGAGGAGGUACAAGCGUAAACAAAAGUCAUUCUUUCAUGUUAAAGACCAUCAUCAUGAAGAAGUCUACCUUGGAAACUUGAAGAGGUUCCAAUUACGAGAACUCCAGAUUGCUACUAACAACUUCAGCAACAAAAACAUCCUCGGCAAGGGUGGUUUUGGACAUGUCUACAAGGGAAUUCUCCCAGAUGGCACUCUUGUAGCAGUGAAGAGGCUUAAAGAUGGCAGUGCAACUGGAGGAGAUAUACAAUUUCAGACUGAAGUUGAAAUGAUAAGCUUGGCAGUGCACCGAAACCUCCUCAAACUGUAUGGAUUUUGCAUGACACCAACAGAAAGGCUUUUGGUUUAUCCUUACAUGUCCAAUGGCAGUGUUGCUUCUAGGCUCAAGGGUAAGCCAGUGUUGGAUUGGGGCACAAGGAAGCAGAUUGCCAUAGGAGCAGCAAGGGGACUGCUAUACCUUCAUGAGCAGUGUGAUCCAAAGAUAAUCCACAGAGAUGUGAAGGCUGCAAAUAUAUUGCUUGAUGACUAUUGUGAGGCAGUGGUAGGGGAUUUUGGGUUGGCUAAGCUUUUAGAUCAUCAAGAUUCACAUGUCACAACUGCAGUGAGGGGUACAGUGGGGCAUAUAGCACCAGAGUAUCUUUCCACAGGGCAAUCUUCUGAGAAGACCGACGUCUUUGGAUUCGGCAUUCUGCUUCUUGAGUUAAUCACUGGCCAGAGGGCACUGGAAUUUGGAAAAGCAGCCAACCAAAAAGGAGCCAUGCUUGAUUGGGUAAGGAAAAUCCAUCAAGAGAAGAAGCUUGAGUUGCUUGUGGACAAGGAUCUGAUGAGCAACUAUGACAGGAUUGAGCUUGAGGAAAUCGUUCAAGUGGCACUCUUGUGCACACAAUAUCUUCCUGGCCACAGGCCUAGAAUGUCAGAAGUUGUACGCAUGCUUGAAGGUGAUGGUCUUGCAGAGAAAUGGGAAGCUUCUCAGAGUGCUGACAACAGCAAAUGCAGCAAACCACAUGAACUCUCUUCAUCAGAUAGGUAUUCUGACCUCACUGAUGACUCUUCUUUGUUGGUCCAAGCAAUGGAACUCUCAGGCCCCAGGUGAAUUUUUCAUACUCAUUUUUAGCUCUUUUACCUUCAAGUUGCUUUUUCUUUCUCAUUUGGGUUUCUAGCUUCCUAAAGAAAGUAUAUGAAAUUCAACAUGUGAUCACUGAGUCCAUUUAUAUGUUGUAUGAUAGAAGAAGCCUUCAAAGCUCAAAAGGGCUUUUCUUUUUGUUUUGCUUUUUCAAAUGUAUAUAUACUUAUUUGUUCAACAUGAAUUUGUAGUGCAAAGUUUUGUAAAGUUAAGAGAAAUCAAAUGCCAGGUUUUCAGUGAA